UAAGAAGGUAAGGUGCUUUUCCUCACAAAAGAGGCAUGGCAAACUCGAAACUACCAUCACUGCUCUUUUUUCUCUACUCUAUCUUGACUACCUCAGCAAUCUCAAAAUCCAAGCAUCAACCACUAGACCCUCUAACACCAGCCGAAUUCACUCAAAUCCAAGCCAUUAUCCAUGAAUCAUACCCAAAAACCAAGCAUAACAUCAGCUUUCACUAUGUGGGCUUAGAUGAGCCAGACAAACCAGCCAUUCUUUCAUGGCUAUCAAACCCCACCACCAAACCGCCGCCUCGAAGAGCCCUAGUCAUUACUAGGCUAAACAAACAAACCCAUGAAAUUAUAGUCGAUUUAUCAUCCAAAUCAACAGUUUCUGAUAAAGUCUACACUGGAUUUGGCUAUCCAAUAAUCAACCCUGAAGAUGCUGUAUUUGAUUUGGUAAUGGCAUAUGAGCCAUUCAAAACUUCCAUCAAACAGAGGGGGCUCAAUAUUUCUGAUGUUGUUUGUUCUUAUUAUGGGGUUGGAUGGUUCGGAGAGAAGAACAGUAAACCAGCGGUGAAGGUCCCUUGUUAUUAUGCAGAUGGUUCUGUUAACAUAUACUUGAGACCAAUAGAAGGGAUAACAAUAGUGGUUGAUACUGAGGAGAUGAAGAUUACAGAAUACAGAGACAGGAUUAGACCUCCAGUUCCAAAAGCUGAAGGAACAGAAUACCAAACUUCAAAGCUGAAACAACCUUUUGGUCCACUUCUAAAUGGUGCAGCCGCCAUGAAACUGGACGAUCCAGGCUUCAGGAUUGACGGACAUACAGUCAGAUGGGCAAAUUGGGAGUUCCACCUAGGGUUUGAUUAUCGAGCAGGCAUGAUUCUCUCUCUAGCAUCAAUUUUCGACAACGAAAAGCAGCAAUAUCGUCAAGUUAUGUACAGAGGAUACAUAUCGGAAGUAUUCGUACCUUACAUGGAUCCUAGUGAGGGAUGGUACGAUGAAACCUACUUUGACAGCGGCGAAUACGCGUUGGGUCAAUUUACAGCGCCAUUGGAGCCCCUAACCGAUUGCCCGAUCAAUGCAGCUUUCAUAGAUGUCCAUAUUGCUGGUCCAGACGGCACACCUGUUAAGAUCUCCAACGCCAUCUGCAUAUUUGAACGACAUUCCGGCGACAUCAUGUGGCGGCACACGGAAACAGGGGUUCCCGGCGAAGAGGUGAGGGAGGUUAGAGCAGAUGUGGGCCUAGUGGUGAGGACGGUGGCAACAAUCGGCAACUACGACUACGUCGUCGAUUGGGAAUUCAAACCUAGCGGCUCCAUCAAAGUUGUGGUAGGGCUAACGGGAGUGAUGGAAGUAAAGGGUGUGGAUUACACCCACACAAGUCAAAUAAAAGAAGAUGCCCAUGGAACACUUGUAGCAGACAACAGCAUUGCAGUGAACCAUGACCAUUUUGUGGCAUUCUAUAUUGAUCUUGACAUUGAUGGUGCUGCCAAUUCCUUCAUCAAGACCAAUUUUGUAACCAGGCGAGUGACAGACAAGAGCGUACCAAGGAAGAGUUACUGGGCAGUUGAGAAAGAAACCGCAAAGACUGAAUUAGAUGCAAGAAUUAAGUUCGACUCAAAGCCAAUGGAGGUGGCGGUGGUGAACCCAAAUAAAUACACUAAACCCGGAAACAAAGUUGGUUAUCGCUUGAUACCAGGAUCAACUGCAGGUCCAUUGCUAGCGAAAGAUGAUUACCCGCAAAUCCGGGCUGCCUUUACUGAUUACAAUUUGUGGGUUACUCCAUAUAACAAGUCUGAAAAAUGGGCUGGAGGACUAUAUGUUGAUCAAAGCAGAGGAGAUGAUACAUUAGCCACUUGGACUCUGAGGAAUAGGGAGAUUGAGAAUAAGGACAUAGUGUUGUGGUACAUAAUGGGGUUUCGUCAUGCACCUUCACAGGAAGAUUUUCCAGUAAUGCCGACGUUGAGGAACGGAUUUGAGCUUCGACCGACCAAUUUCUUCGAGUUCAAUCCCGUGCUUAAGGUGAUAACUAACAAGAUUGUUAACUGGCCUAAUUGUACUUUCCCCAAAUAGAGAUUCAGAGACGUUUUCGUGGUUCUUGCGAGCCUAUCAUUGUUUGUUUCCACCAUGAAACCAUGUUUAAACCCCAAGAAAAAGCCGCAGGAAAGUAAUAUGUGAGUAUGUGAAUUUCAAUUGUCAACAUGCUUGGAAUGGAUGCAAUUGCUGUGAUGUUAAAUGUAGCAGAAUUCGAAUUUGCAUAGGAAGGAAUGUUUAAAUCAAAUGUUUAUUAUAAAAAUAUCAGUUAUUCUAGUA